UGUAGAUGACCUCAGAGGUCAACUUUUGAUUCUAUUUAUAGCCUGAUCCUGUGGUAGAGGAGGAGAUAGAUUGGUGGUCCAAGUACUACGCCUCCACGGGACAGACCCACAAGUGUGAGAAGUACGUGGAGAAGGGCCACGACAAAAUCGAGGUUUAUCAAACUGCUCUGGAGGACGUAGAUUUCACUAAAGGAUUUACCGAUUUCUGCUCAACAUUUGAGUUACAAAGAGGCAAGGAUGAUGAUGAAGAUGAAUCAAAUAUUGUGGGAGAGUUCAAGGGAGGAUUCAAAGUGUACCCCCUGCCCCCUGACCCUAAUGAGGAGAUGCCCUCCAAGGUGUUUGUUAAUUUACCAAGCUCAAUCCCAGAAGAAUGUAUCAUCAGAGUCUAUGUCAUCUGUGGCAUUGACCUACAGCCCAAUGAUACUAGUGGCCUGGCUGACCCGUAUGUAGAGAUUAUCCUCGGCAAUAAGAAGAUAAGUGACAGGGAUAACUACAAACCAAACACUAUUGACCCAGUUUUUGGACAAAUGUUUGAAUUGGCAGCCAUGUUACCCGUACAGAAAGAUCUGACAAUCCGUAUCAAGGAUUACGACCUCAUCAGCAGUGAUGAUGUCAUCGGAGAGACCAUGAUAGAUCUAGAAAAUCGCUACGUGUCCAAAUACCGUGCAACAUGCGGAUUACAGAAAUCCUACUGCAUUGCUGGUGUCAACCAAUGGAGAGAUGCCGCCAAGCCAAAACAGAUUCUAGAGAAUUACUGUAAACAGAACCAUGUGUCUGGUCCACUAUUUUACGGAAACAACAGUGUCAAGGUCGGCAAGAAAAUUUACAACCUGACCGAGUUUGAGCCAAACAAGCCUGUUGAUCCGAAUGCUGGACCUGCCGAGGAGCGUCUGGCCUUACAUGUGUUACACACGCUGCCAUUGGUCAAGGAACAUGUAGAGACACGCCCACUUUUUAACCCCAUCCAACCAGGCAUUGAGCAGGGCAAACUCCAGAUGUGGGUCGACAUUUUCCCCAAAUCUCUGGGUGUUCCUGGACCCCCAUUUAACAUAGAACCAAGACGGGCUAAAGAUUACGUACUGCGUGUCAUUAUUUGGAACACUGUGGAUGUCGUGCUGGAGGAGGAAUCCAUCACGGGAGAACAGAUGUCUGAUAUCUAUGUCAAAGGCUGGAUCUCCGGCAUUGACGAGAAACAGAAAACAGAUGUACACUACAGGUCCCUGGAUGGAGAAGGAAACUUCAAUUGGAGGUUUGUUUUCCCCUUCAGUUACGUCCCAGCUGAACAGGUGAUGGAGGUCAGGAAAAAGGAGCAUUUCUGGAGCCUGGAUGAGACAGUACAGCAUCUUCAGCCCAACGUUAUGAUCCAAGUCUGGGACAAUGACAAAUUCUCCAUGGACGACUUCCUAGGUACCCUCUGUCUGAAUCUGAAUGCCAUGCCUAUGCCGGCUAAGAAGGCGGGGUCGUGUAAACUCACCAUGCUCCCUGAUGUGACCACAGGGUCAGAGGUCAAACUGGCGUCACUGUUUGAACAGAAGAGACUGCGGGGGUUCUGGCCAGUGUAUAACGAUGACACAGGACAAAGGGUGCUCACUGGUAAAGUAGAGAUGGAGAUGGAGCUUGUAUCAGUGGAAGAAGCCGAGGAACGACCGGCAGGUCAAGGUCAGGAGGAACCCAACAUGAACCCCAAACUGGAUCCACCCAAGCGGCCGGAGACGUCCUUCCUCUGGUUUACAUCGCCGUGGAAGACGAUGCGAUACAUUAUCUGGCGUAACUACAAGUGGUACAUCAUCGGAUUCUUUCUCCUCAUCCUCCUGCUGCUCCUUAUCUUCCUGUUCCUUUACUCAUUCCCGGGAGAAGUAUCUCAAAAGAUUGUUAAUGGUUAGAGAUUGUCACAAACUUUACAUCUAUACUCGUCUAUACACCUAAUGUAGUGAUAGCAUCAGCAGAGACCAAAAGUAAAGAAGACACCAAAGACUCUUGUCUCCACUCAGUCCUAUGUACACAACUCUUAGUUUCUUAAAAAUAACUUAAUUACAUAUCUAUGGGUAUUAAGAUGUAAUCAUUUUUCUAAAGGGAGGUAAUUAUUCAUGGAAGCCAUGUUGAAGAUCAAACAUUUUUACGGAAGUGACAGUUGUUUACAAGGAGUUCCGUAGUUUGGAGUUGACUUGACAUUUAGUUGUAAGAGUGAUUAACUUGGGAGGUUAAGGUAAUAAUCCUGUGCAGGGAUUUCUAGCUGCUCUGUGAUAAAGUACACGAUGCUUCCUAUCUUAAAUUUAUGUGCUUGAUAUAUGAUGCUGGUCAUCUAAGAACAAAUGUACGUGGAUGUCAUUUGUUACUAAUGAUCAAAAGAGUAAUCCCAACGACCUCUCUGUACUUAGUUAACCUUUCUGUACUUGGUUAACCUUUCUGUACUUGGUUAACCUUUCCAUGUCAGUAGACAGUGUUAUGCAUUUAAAAUAUUAUUUUGGGUCAUCUUGCCUUAGAUUGUUAAAGCAUUUGAUCACCAUCUACAUGUUUAUUAUAUACAUGCAUGUUAUUAUUAUUGCUUUUAUUUUAGAACAAAUUGUAGCAUUCCUUUUUUUCUAAUUAAUAAAUUAUUAGUAAAAAUUUUUUGUAAUGAAAAAAAAAACAUUAUAUUUAUACAUGCCUAUAAGUGAUACUGAUAUAUUUUGUAAAUCAUUGAAAUACUUUUUAAGCUACUUUUGUAUACGUGUAAGAAAAAGUGAUUGAUGAAAAAAAAAAAAAUUAUAAUAAAUAUGUGUAAAAACUCGCUAAUGGCAAGUGAUGGCGGCAGUGCCUUUAAUAUUAUUUCUUGCAGAUUGUUGAUGUUAAAUCUGCUGCAGUAACUGUUUUAAUUUUUAAUGAUAUUUCUAUAUACCUAUUUUUACUCUUUAUGAACUCUGUGCUGACUGAUAUUACGUAUCUGUUGGAAUCAGGCAUUGGAAGUUACCGGAUGUGGCAGGUCACAUUCUGAAGCUAAAAUAUCAUUUAUUGUUAACUUGCAGGUGCUUGUACAUCGAUUCAUUUACAUGCUCUUUAGCCAAACUAACAGCAAAAAAAUGUUUUGUAAGUCAUUAUGAUUUUACCAGUGUUAAACAGAUCAGAUUAGGCCUACAGAUAAUGUGACCAGUUUCACCAUGGUAACUGCAAUGACCUUGAAGUAUCAGUGCAAUCGUAUGCAGUGUGUAAUCUAUUUUAGGGAUGUGGAAUGUUCAAAUUAAAAUAGACCAAUAAACUCAUUAUAGAUACAUGUACAA